AGCGUCGAUCAGUUGCCAAUUGAGCCAUGUCCGUGCAAGCCGAGCAGAUGAAGGCCAAGGCCAAGGCGUGCUGCGCGAGUCCAAAGGGCGUGAUCACGUACCUCUGGUUCGUCAUUCUCUUCUUCGCCGUCAUGUUCUGCCUCGGCGCAAUCGUCUUUGCGGCCAACAACAACCAAGAUGGCAUCCAGUACAGCAAGAGCUUGGGCUUUGCCGGGAUUUGGAUGAUGUUCCUCGUCAUCGCGCUCUCCAUUGGCGGUACGCUCGUCAUGCGCAAGUACGCGUCCGCGCUCUCGGUCGGCUUCUUUAUCGGCGUCGUCGUCAUGAUGGCUUUCAACAUGCUCUCGCUGAGCGUGCUCUGCUCGGGGGCCGCGUACAUUGCACGCCUCGCCAACAAUGGCACGGAAGAAGCCAACCCGCGCGGGCCCGUGCACUCGGACGAGGCCUCGGCGGUCUUUUCGUUCUUUAUGUUUGUGCUCUACAGCGUCUUUGCGGUCGUCUUGAUCAAGCACCGCGCAGUGGUCAUCAAGGAAGGCUCUUUGAGCGACCUUCCGGACAAGAACAUGCUGCCGGUCGCGCCCAUGGGCCCCUCGUCGCCCAAGGUCGCCAAGCUCGACGAAGUGUCCAAGACGUCGGCGCCGCCCGUCAGUGUUUAAGCAACAUUGACCAAGCGGACGCAAUUCUUCUUAUUCAAGCGGCGUAAUAUAGCUUGCAUUUCAUAUCUGCCGGA